AUGAAAAGCUCCAAGUGCAUCGGACGUUGCUGGAAGACGGUGGUAGUGUUCGUGUUGGGUUGUCUGGUAACACUGGUGAAUACGCAGAUACCUGGGUUUGGUACAUGUCCGGACUAUUCGCCGAUACAACGCUUCAACCGAACGCGCUUCCUUGGGACUUGGUACGAGAUCGAACGUUACUUUACGGUCACGGAGGUAGCUACCAAAUGUGUUUCGGUUACGUACGAGCAACGAGCCGAUGGGAAGAUCCACGUCCGCAAUGCGUACACUAAUCGAUUCAAUGGCGUGGAGAGAAUCAUCUCCGGGGUAAUGGAUAAGGGUGGCAAAGCGAAGGAGGGUCGCUACCAGAUCGAAUACACCUCCUUCCCGUAUAACUACAACGCAUCGGUAAUGGUGCUCGACACGGAUUACGAUUCCUUCGCUGUGCUUUACUCCUGCAGCUCCUUUGGUCCCGUUGGACAUGCUGUGUCCGCGUGGAUGAUGGCCCGUGAACGACUGCCCGGAGGACCAAUUCUGCAGCGGGCGUAUGGUGUUCUGGAUAAGUACAAAAUUUCUCGUACAUUCUUCCUGCGCACGAUUCAGGAGGACUGCGUGACGUUGCCUCCACCCGAACCAGCUAUCGAUCCGACGGAACCAACCACUCAGGAUGCGCGUAAUGAAGGCGUUGUGGUACGGAACGAGGAAGAUCUCCAACAGUUACGCAGUGAUAUCUUUGCCGAAGGUCCCAAACCUUCCAUCCCGAUCGAUCCCGUUGUAGAGGAUCAUCAGUAG